UGCAUUUGCUGUCUUUUUAUUGUGAUUUGUAAUAUUUUCGUAAAUAGCCAUUUUUGUCGAAACAAGAGUUUUUAAUUAAAUAAUUUCUGCUUUAAAUUAAAAUCUCUGCGGACAGAUUCCCUAAUUACCUAACCGACGGAAUGUCUUAUUCAUAUUUGUUCAAAUACAUCAUUAUAGGAGACACUGCUGUUGGCAAGUCUUGCCUACUACUGCAGUUCACAGACAAAAGAUUUCAACCAGUUCACGAUCUAACGAUCGGUGUUGAGUUUGGAGCUCGCAUGAUCAACAUUGAAAAUAAGCAGAUUAAACUUCAAAUCUGGGACACGGCAGGCCAAGAGUCAUUCAGAUCCAUAACGAGGUCUUACUACAGAGGAGCAGCUGGUGCCCUACUGGUCUAUGACAUUACAAGACGUGACACAUUCAACCACCUGACGACCUGGUUGGAAGAUGCGCAACAGCAUUCCAGCACAAAUAUGGUCAUCAUGCUUAUUGGUAAUAAGAGUGACCUCGAAGCCCGCAGAGAGGUCAAACAAGAGGAGGGUGAAGCAUUUGCCAGGGAGCACGGACUGGUCUUUCUAGAAACUUCUGCAAAAACUGCUGCUAAUGUUGAAGAGGCUUUCAUAAACACAGCCAAGCAAAUAUACCAAAAGAUACAAGAGGGCGUUUUUGAUGUCACUAACGAAGCCAAUGGCAUCAAACUGGGUCCCAAUCAAGGUCAAAUGAGGUCAGCUGGAUCAUCCAAUCAGACUGGCAACCAGGCUAGCAACUGUUGCUAAGCAACCAAUUAAAUUAGAGGAAAAACCAAAGAUGAAAAAUAUUAAUUUGUUAAAAUAUAUAUAUAUUUAUUUAUUUGUUGAUGAUUGAUUUACUUUAUUCUACGUUAUUCGUUUGAAUAUCUUCAUAUUGUGUAGCAAAAUUUGAGAUUGUGAAGUGAUGGUGAAGUCUGCAAUCGUAAUUAUCAUAAUUUCAAGGAAUAAUAUUCGUAAAAUUGAUUUUCAUAAUUGUACUAAUAAUCAUCCCAAAUUAAUAUUUUCACGAUUAUUGUCAUCAUUAAAUUUAUCAUUUUUGAUGUUGUAUUUCUUUGUUGAUGUUGUUUGUGCUAUUUACCUAUAAAUACGAAGUUAUUAUUAUCGCAUAUGUAGUAUGUAUUUAUCUGGGUCAACAUGUGUAUAAUUAAUAGUUAAAUAGGUCAUUAUUAAUUAGGAUGACUUAUUUAGCGAUGAUACAUGAUGAUAAAUCAUUGUUGUAAUUAUUGUUAAUUUAAUUGUAGCAACGUCCGUCUUCAUUCACUUUCAUUCCAUUUGUUUUGAUGAUUAUUCUAUUUUUGUUCUCCAUCACUCUUAUAAUAAUUUGACGACUUUCGAGUUUGCUUUUGUUAUUUUUAUUAAUAAUUAUAGUUUAAUCAUUUACUCUUUCGUUCAUUCAUUCACUCGUUCGUUCAUUCAUUCAUUCACUGGUUCAUUCAUUUAUACAUUCAAUCAAUCAUUCAAUUGAAUUGCAUGGCCAAGCACUUUGAACUUUUUUUAAUAAAUUUAUGACAGAAGAAACACAUCUCCAAAGAUUUGGAUCAUCAAAAUUCGUAACAUGGUACCAGUCAUCAUCAUCACCACCGUCGUAACCAUCAUUAUUACAAUCAUUUCAUUGCCAUUUUAACGACACUCAGAUGAUGGAUAUGUAUAUAUUGCUAUGAUUAUUCUUGUAUGCAUACAAACUUAAUAUACAUACAUUUGUAUAUAUACAUAUAUUAGGCAUAUAUAAUUGCUUAUAUGUGAAUUAUGUGAUUGUUCUUUGUACAUGCCUACGUGUAUCUAUUGCUUAUGACAUAGUUAUUAAGCUAUGUUAGUUACGUUAAAAAAGAAAUUUCAUUAGAGCUCAUUAAUAUUCAUUUCUAUAGAGUGUUAACCAAUCAGAAAUAGGGAAAAGCCUGACGAUGUUUAUUGAUGGACGGGUAGUUGUAUGAUUUUAAUAAUUCUGCGCUAAUUAACACUUAAACAUUGAAUCUCUCUUUUUGUUUAAAUUUAAAAGUAGCUAAAAUUAUAAUGUGCAUUUCAUUUUUAAAUGGUUUAUUCAUUCACUCAUCCAUUCAUUCAAACAUUCUGUCAGAUCUUUUGUUUUAUUACUAGCGUUCUUAUAACAGAAAUAAUUAGUAAUUAUUAUUACAUAUUUAUUCUUUUAUAUACGGCUACAUGAGUUUGAUAAAUUGCAUUACAUACAUCGGCUUUUUAAAGGUAACAACAACGCUUUUAUGAAAAAUUUUUUGGAAGUAUGUAAUAUUGCUUAUUGCAGUUUAUAAUAAGAUCAUAUAUAUAUAUAUAUAUAUAGUCUGCAUGUGUUUGUGUGUAUGCGCGUUUCAUUAGCUGCAAUCCUAUACACCUUGCAUAUUUAAAAAUUUAAACUCUUGAUUAUAUUUAAAAGUGAAAAUAUAUCUUACCCUUGUUAAUCGUAUUAAUGAUUAACAAUAAUCAACCAAUCGAUUAACUUCACGCACACACACACGUAUAUGUGUGAGAUACAUCAUCCCGCUUAUAUUAAUGAAUUUAAUCGAUUAUCUGGAGUUUACUCAAUAAUAAAUAGUUUACUACGAAUUUGUCCAUUUUGUUAGCGUUGAUUUCUCACCUUAAUGGUGAUGGCAUGCGUUCGUCUGUUGUAUGUGUUACGAUAUUCGUCAUAAUCAAUAUUUCUGGCUGUAAUAGAGACAAAACUGCAAUGUUAUAUCUGGCUUUCAUGUAAUUUGAUUGCAAUAGAGACGAAACUGCAGUGCUACGUCUGUCUUCAAUUCUAUACUUCAAUUCUUACUAGACCGAAAUUUUUUUCUGAUUAAAUUUA